AUGUCUACCUCCGCUAUUCUCACCGCCCUCCGCACUGACCUCUCUCUCCUCCGCGAGAUCCUCACCCUUCAUAUAACUGCUUACAAUUCCAUCGAUAGCGCCCUCGUCUCCGCCAUCCACCUCUCUGAAAAUGACUUGCGCGCUCGCGCUCAAGACAUGUUCCCCGGCGAGAUUAGAAAUGACCGUAGAGUCUGGCCGCAAAUUCUGGAAUGUAUGGGCGGGCUGAAGGCCCAGAUACGCUGUACAGAGAUGAAUAUUGCGCUUAUCGAGCGGGAUAUCAGGGAAUUGGAGGCUCGUGGUAGGUCUUCAAGGUGA